AUGAAAUGGUGGUCUUUUGAACCUGUAUUAAAGUCUUUCUUUUAUAAAUAUGGUAAAUUUGUAAAUCGUUAUCGUUGGAUGUGUUUUAUUAUACCAUUAAUAUUAACACCAAUACUAUCAUUAGGACUUUUAAAAGCAAAUGAUCUCCUAUUAGAUGAUCCUGCCUAUACAUUUACACCAUAUAAUGCUAGAUGGAAAAAUGAAUUAAAAGCUUUUACAGAGUUAUGGCCAAUGAAUGAAAAUAAAUUUAUUGCAGGAAAAUCAUUUGAAAUGAAACGUUUUGUUAAUGUAUUAAUACGAUGUAAAGAUCAUGGUGAUAUUUUAAGACCAUUUAUACUUGAUGAAAUAGAAUUAUUAAAUCAAUUUAUAAUGAAUAAUAUAAGUGUUAAGACAAUUGAUCAACAAUUUAAUUUAACAUAUCAAGAUUUAUGUCUUAAUUAUGAUUGGAAAUGUGGAGGUAAUGAACAUAUAUUAAUGUUUAAAGAAAUGUCUAAAUUAGGAAGAGUAAUUGAUUUAAAAUAUCCUAAAGGUGGUAAUGAUGAUACACCAGCAUAUCUUGGUACUGCUAUUGGUGAUGUUGUUUUAAAUGAAACUGAUAAUACAGUUAUUUCAGCACAUAUAACACAAUUAAUAUAUUUUUUAAAACAAGAAACACCAGAAUUUUUAAAAUAUUCAUCAGAUUUUUCAUAUGCAAUUGAAAAAUUUAUCCUUCAUACAUUUCAAUCUGAUCUCAUUGAUUUAUCAUUUAUGCAUUAUCAAUCACUUCAAGAUGGAUUAAAUGAAAAUGCUAGUAGUUUUGGUAUGAAUUUUAUUAUUAGUUUUAUAACAUUAUUUAUAUUUUCAAUAAUUUGUUCAUUUGCUAUUAGAAGUCGUCGUCGUAUUAAAAUUGAUUGGGUACGAUCAAAACCAUUAGUUGCAUGUUGUGGUCUUUUUAAUACACUUAUUGCAUUAUUAGCUUCAUUUGGAUUUUUAAUGCAUCUUGGUGUACAAUAUAAUGUUCUUAAUACAAUUAUACCAUUUUUAAUUAUUGCUAUUGGUAUUGAUGAUAUGUUUAUUAUGAAUGCAUGUUGGGAUCAAACUGAUCCAAAAUUAGAUGUUGAAGAAAGAAUGGCACAAAUGAUGGAACAUUCAGCUAUAGCAAUAUCAAUAACAAAUAUAACAGAUGUUUUAAGUUUUUUUAUUGGUGCAUUCUCAUCAUUACCUGGUAUUAAUUUAUUUUGUAUAUAUGCUGCAACAGCUGUCAUAUUUUGUUAUGCAUUUCAAUUAACAUUUUUCCCAGGAUUUACUGCAAUUAUGGGUCAUUGUGAACAUGAAGAAAGACAUUCAUUAUUUUUUUAUAAAGUUAAGAAAGAAAAUGAUAGAAAGAAGAAAUGUAGUAAGGUACAUGAUUUAACAUUAGAUAAUAUUCGUUCUAUAUAUAUAAGUGAUGAUAUUUUACCACCAAUGUCAAUUGAUGUAGAAAAGCAUGUCCCACCAAAUGAGGUCAUUCCUGUUAAAAAAAUUUCAACAACAUCCUCAAUAAACAGUGAAAAUAUAAUAGAAGAUGGUUCAGCAGCAAUAAGAAGAUUUUUUUCAAAUAAAUAUUCACCAUUUAUAUUAAAUAAUAAAAUAAGAACAUUAACAUUAUUAAUAUAUUGUACAUAUUUAAUUGGAUCAAUUAUUGGAGCAUCAAUGUUUAAAGAAGGUUUAGAACCUAAAAAUUUAGUUACAAAUAAACAUUAUAUAUCAAAAUAUUUUCAUGAUAUGACAAUGUUUUGGGAAAAAGGACCACAAUUACAUGUAUUAGUUAAAGAUAAAGUUAAUUUUACUGAUCCAAUUCAAAGAGGAAUAUUACUUGGAUUAGUUAAUACAUUUGAACAUACAGAAUAUACAAUGGGUAGAGAAGGAACAGUCUUUUUUUUAUUAGAAUAUAUGAAUUAUUUAGAACAAUUAAAUGCUGAACCUGAAAAUACUGAUAAAAUAUGGAAUAAAAAAUUAUUAAAAUGGUUAAAAAAUACUGGUGCUGCUAAUCAAUGGGAACAAGAUAUAAAAUAUAAUGAAAAUAAAACACAAAUUGAAGCAUUCCGUUUUACAAUUGCUAUGAAAAAUAUGGUAACACCAAAUCAACAUAAAUUAGCAACAAAAUUAUUAAGAGAAAUUGCUGAUGAAUGUCCAUUUAAAGUUGAUGUUUAUCAUGAAGCAUUUCCAUUUGCAGAUCAAUAUUUAAUUAUAAUGUCAUCGACAUUACAAAAUGUUUUUAUAUCAUUAUUUUGUAUGAUAGCUAUAUCUUUCUUAUUAAUUCCAAGUUUUCCUUCUGCAGUAAUAAUUGCUGUCAUGAUAUGUUCAAUAUCUAUUGGUGUUUUUGGGUAUAUGACAUUUUGGGGAGUAAAUUUAGAUGCUGUUUCAAUGAUAUCUUUAAUUAUGUGUAUUGGUUUUGCUGUUGAUUUAUCAGCACAUAUAGUUUAUGCUUUUGUAGCAUCACCAGGUGAUAAUUCAAAAGAUAAAGUAACAGCUGCAUUAGCACAUCUUGGAUGGCCUAUUUUACAGGGUGCAUCAUCAACAAUUGCUGGAAUAUCAAUAUUAUAUACAGUUGAUGCAUAUAUUAUUUUAACAUUCUUUAAAACAAUAUGGCUUACAAUGUUUAUUGAAAUGAUGAUUCGUCACAAAAGCAUCAUCACUAAAAGAAAUUUUGUUAACGGGCCGCAAAGUUUUGUUAUUUCAAAAAUUUUUAAUUAA